AUGACCGACAGCUAUUUCGCUGAGGAUGCCGCUCAUUCCCCGAUGAUCGACCUAUGGGAAUAUGCCUUCACUCCCGGUAACUUCGGUAGCACACCCGCAACCUUGUACUCCCCUAGCCCUGCCCCUCGUCGUGCCACGGAUCAGUCACAAUCGGGUCAGCUUGGUUUCCUACCGUUUGCUGAAUGGGAGGAAGGUGGCGAAUACGAUGAGGAGGCUCUGAAAUACGUCUGCUACACCAUCGAGUGGAAGGUGAUACUGAACCGCAAGGCGGUAGGUAGGGUGACAGAAGAAAAUUUGGUUGUAGCCCCUGGCGAAUACUGGCAGGAGACUUUGAAAGCAGAUGUUGAAGGCUUGCUGCAAAUGAAAAAGAAAAGCCACCAGAGAGUUCGAUCUGAGGGUACAGACAUUACGAUGAAAUCGAACGACCGGUCCCAGAGAAAAAUCGAAAAAUUCCACCGCUCUACUAACAUCGACUGGAAACCAGUGGAGAAGCAGCUACGUAAAUGGAGCAAUUUGCUUCGUAUUGGCAAGAAGCUCACUAUAGCCAUUGCUUUUAAUUAUAGGAGUGAAGAUGACGAUCAGUCUACUUCUGAGGGUCCGAUGGACAAGAAGCAUUACAAACUGAGGACCCCACACCUAGAAAGACUGAUUGAUCAUGUUGAUGGUGGUGGGAGCCUUGAUUGUCAUGCUGAUAUCCCCAGCGAUAUCCGUCGGGAUCUAGUCCUGGAAAGUCAAAUAGGAAGAAAGUCGAAAAAGGCUGAGACGGCAUCGGCUGGACCAUGGCCACCGUAUCCCCCAACUGUUAUCAACGUGCUGCCAGCACAAACUGCGAGUUGGUCGACAGUAACCUCAUUCUUACCUAAAAUCUUACCCGACGAGCCACUGGUAAUUCCCGGAUCUCGAGAAACGGCAGUACGGGACUACUGCAAGUGGCUGGAAUCACGCGCCACCGACGAAGAGUACAAAGCAGAUUUCCGGAAGAUCUGCCAGGUGACAUUAAACAACCGCCUGGAUCUGGAACUAAUACUUGAGGACUCGGACGCUGGCUUUUUCGUUCAACGAGGAAUUCAGAUAGGAACAGCGCGUCGCUUCCUACGUGAUAUAAAUGAAUGGAGCAGAGUGACGAAGUUAAACGUGGGAAUUGAGCAGGGUGCUAGAGAUAUUAUUGAUGAUACCGAGCGAAUUUGA